AUGUACUACACCCUCCUCAAGCAGCUAACUGGCCCUCCAAUUCUCCACCCUCCAAACACCGCCGGAAAACUACUUCCGGCCAAUACCACCGGAAAAACCCCUCCUGAUUCCUCUCAAAAACCACUUAACAAUGUCUUGCUCCACCUCAACCUUAAUGGGCUGCCGGAAAAUCUGACCUCUUGGUUAAAACAUGCUUGGAGUAGUAAUCCACUGACCACUCUCAAGCUCAUAUGUCACCUCUGUAGUUGUCCUAACAAAGAAUGGUUUUACGCUGCGGUGAUUUGGCUCCACCAAAACCACCCCCUAACCCUAGCUUUCAAUAUUAGGAUUUUUUCCGGUUUUGGGUGCUUGAGAGAUUUUCUUGUGAUUCUUGAUAGAUCAUUGGUUGAUCCUGAAGAACAGACUCGUUCGAUGACGAAGAAGGAGAGAGAGAUUACAAGGGCGAGGAGGGUUGUCGGUAAGUAUCGAUGUGAUUCUAAUUAUCGACGCUUGCACGACAGAGUAUCUGAUUUGUUUGCUGAGUCUCUGAAGUCUGAUCUUGAGUUUUUGAAAUCUGGUGAUGUAGAAAGGAUCGGCCUUGCUUCUAAACAUUGUCCAUCAAUUGAUUCUACUUUCGAUAAAUCAACAUUGAUAUGCGAGGGGAUUGCAAGAAGAAUUUUCCCACGAGAAUCGGAUUCUGUGUACGUAGAAAUUAAAGAAGCUCAUUAUGCAUAUAGGGUUCGAGAAAGGUUGCGCAAAGAAGUUCUCGUCCCUCUUCGCAAAGCUUUAGCAACUAGAGAGAAGGAUUCAAUUUCAGAUCCACAAUCUGCAAGAACAAGAAGAACAAGCACAUUUAGGAAGGUUAUUGCAAAAGGGGUCGAUAAAAGGUUUAGGUUUUACGCUAUGAUCGCUGCCAAGUAUGCAAACAAGAGCGAUGAAUCGUUAUUCGCUCAUCAAUUCACGUCUGCAUUCGACCCCAACACCUGCAGCGAGACUGCAGAUACUCAGCGGCGCAGACUUGUUGAGGACUUGUUAAAAACAGAGAAUUUGAAGAACAGUAUCGCAAUUUGCGACGCUUCGGGGAAAGCAGCAAUAAUGAAUAUUGGACUUGCAAUGAGCUUAUUGAUUUCAGAACUCAGCGACGGGCCAUGGAAAGGGAAAGUAUUCACAUUCAACGAUCGUCCCAAGCUCCGAAAAAUCGAAGGAGACAAUCCUCACGCAAAGGCACAAUACAUCAAACAGUUGGCGUUCAGCAACAACGACAACCACAAAGUCGAUUUCUGCAAAGUUUUCGAUCGAAUUUUGCAAGUUUUGAUGAAUGGGAAGAUGAGCAAAGACAAGAUGGUGAAAAGGGUAUUUAUGUUCAGUGAAAAUGAGUUCUGCAAAGUAGCCAAGAACUAUGAAAAGGAAAAUUACAAAGAGGUUUGGGAGAAUUAUAGGAAGAGAGGACACAAAACAGUGCCCGAGGUGGUGUUUUUCAACCUCAGAGACACUGUUAAUUGUUGUGUGAUGAUUGUCACCCCUACAGGGAUGAAGAGUGUGGAGAUUAUGAUAAGUGGGUUUUUGAAGAGAUUGAUAAACUUGUUCUUGAAGAGAGAAGGGGUUGAGAAUCUGGAUGUUGUAAUGAAAUCGCUUCCCAAACAGGAAGAUUUGAUAACACUGACCGGUCUUGGAGAAAGAUACAAGGAUGUGGAUCUUCUUGUUUUUGAUUGA